AAUCACGGGGACGCUAUAGCUUUUAAAUUUGUAUAAAGGAACUCAAAGAAUUUGACAAAAUGUUAUUCUAUUUGUAUUGUUAUAACUUUUGCAAAUUUAAUUGAGGAUUGCAUUGUCACUUUGCAUGUUAAAAUACACUUUGAAUAACGUAUCUACAAAUUACAUUAUAAAAUUGCAUAAUGAAUUGUCAAAUGCAUAAUGUAAUUCCAAAUUGCAUUGCCAUUUGAAUUUUGCUACAUAUAUGCUUCCAUAGUUCUGGACCUGCUGUAUGUAAUUUGGUUUUCUGGGGCCGCCACAGCGGCGCCCAAUCAGCGAACAGAGGGCGUGUCUGAGAACAAUGACGAUGGCGUGUUGUCAACGAUUAGACCCAGCUUCGAAAGUUGACUGCAUACAUCAUUUCUGGCCUUACUAUAAAAUAUUGAUUUACAAUGUGCAAUUUUUCCCUGAUAAAUUAAAUUCGACGAACAAAACCUGCAGCUGUCGUUGACGGACAUUUUCGUGCAGACGCGCAAGGUGUUUGGUUUGUGUACAACCUGCGCGUGAUUCCCGGCGCAUGACAUACGUCACAACCAAACGUUAGCGAUUGGUUAUGGCAGAUCCAGAGUGGCACUGGGCAGAUCCAAUCAUUUUAAACUUCAACAAACACCCGCCUACAAGUGAGUUAACGUUUGUCAAUUGAUUAGGUCCAGACUCUCUGUACAAAUGAAAUGAAGUGAAGUACGAGAGUCUGGUAGAACCAGGCUAGGGGGCAGCGUGCAUAUUUAAGAUUUGGAUUAAUCGUUCUGGUCAUUGCAACAUUUAUUUGAGUGCUGUGUAUUUUAAUGUUUGGCGUCUAUAACCUUCACCUAUCAUUCCUGAUAGCCAGUUUAUUAGAAUGAAAUUAAGCAUUAACUUCAAAUCCAUUAUAAUCGAUAAUGCUGAAAUGUUUCCUGAAUCCCUUGCUCCAUUGAAAUGUUCACAGACAUGUGAGUGAUGUGUUUACCAGAAGCAGCCGUUGGUACCUGGGUCAGUAGUUUGGCUGAAGGAAUGGAAAGUCUGUCCACAGCUGGCAUUUGGAGGAGGAGGGAGGGAACAGCAGACUGAUGCGAGGGAAUGUAAUGUUUUUGUAAUAACACCAAAUAAAGGAUUUUUGUGGUGUUGAGCAAUAUUUGUUUGAACGCCUGAUGAAUUAACAAUUAUUUUUACGUCCAGACCAUCCUCACUUGUUUGAACUUAUAACGUCUCGUGAGCAAUAAUAUUCCAUCCAUUCCUUGAGCAAGGCACACUUUUUAUUGUUGCACACUCACACACAAAGCUGUCAUCUCCCUGUGUUUGAGUAGUAGAGCAAGGGGAACGGACAGUGAAAGACACGCUCUCUAUCUUUCCCUUCUGUUCUGUUGUAAUGCAAAGCACAUCCUCCCAUCACUGGUUCAGAACCGCUCUCCUGAACCAGCUCCCCCCCAGUUCUGAUUUAUCGGCGUGAACAAUCCGGUAUUCCUUCAGUUCUCCUGCUACCUCGUAGAGAGGAACACCUUCAUCUCAGAACAUUGCUUCUCCCUGGAACAAAGACACCAAGGAGGAUUAAAUGGAAACAUACACCGCAUUUACACAAAAUACGUCAAGGAGGAUUGACUGAACAGAAACUUUGAGUUUACUCAUUAGAACUGCAUAGUUUCAACAGGAAAACCCACAGGCGCUCUUGUUUGUACUGGUGCACUGUUGUGCUGCUGGGACUCAGGAGACACGGGAUGGCAGGCCGGACAUGCCUCAUCGUAGGAGUGAUGCUGUUGGCAGCUGCAGCCCCAGCUCUGGCUACUCCAGACAGUUGUGCCGAGGAGCUGGCCCUGCUUGAGGCCCGGGAGCGGUUCCUGAAGAGCCGAGUGCAGAAACAGGCGGUUCUCCUGAACAGGCUGCAGCUGCUAAGCCGGCCCCAGACCCCCCACAAGGGCCAGACCCCGGCACAGGGGGACCCGGCUGCUGGGGACCCCCCUCACAGAGACUGCGCCGAUGUGUUCACCUCCGGUUCCAACUCCAGCGGUCUCUACCGCCUCCGGCCCCGGGGCAGCCCGGCGCCAGUGCAAGCCUACUGCGACAUGAGUGACGGGGGGGGAUGGACGGUCGUGCAGAGACGUUUCAACGGCUCGGAGCUCUUCAACAGGUCGUGGACUGAGUAUAAGAAUGGCUUUGGAGACAAGUCAGGGGCUGGAGAGUUGUGGUUUGGAAACGAAAACCUACAUUACCUUACAGACCAAGGGAACUACUCUGUGAGGAUCAUCCUGGGAGACUUUGAGGGCAGCCAAAGCUACGCUGAGUACAAUAACUUCAGAGUGGGACCUGAGCAGGCUGCAUUUAGACUUCGAACCAAUGCUCUUCUGCAGAGCGACUACCGGCUGUCCUUCGGAGCCUACUCGGGCACGGCCGGAGACGCGCUGUCUGGCAACUACCAGGUGGGCGUGUCCGGUUGGGCCAGCCACCAGGGGGCGAAGUUCAGCACGUACGACCGGGACAACGACAACUACGCCAAGGGGAAGUGUGCCCAAGAGGACAAGGGAGGCUGGUGGUUCAAUCGGUGCCAUUCAGCCCAUCUUAACGGACUCUACUACCCGAGUGGUCCCUACAGCGCUGUCACUGACGACGGCGUGGUAUGGGUCACCUGGAGAGGCUGGUGGUAUUCUCUCAAGACCACCGUCAUGAAGCUGCGACCCGCUGACUUCAAAGAGGACCCCCUCUACGACCUGAACUAUGUGUAGCCCAGCCCCUCCAACCCCCGGCUGCUUCUGCUCAAUGAUCGGCUCGUGAUGAUUCUCUGUACACGCACACGUGCAUAGCCUUUCACAGUACAACCUCAUGGGCUUGGACGAACGACGGUGAACACUCGGGUCUGAGGAAGGCAGUAGCGUCGACGAAGAGGAGGAGGAUGAAGGGCACACGUUUUGAGCCAACUGCAUUUGCUUGUUGUUUAAAAAAGUCUUCCGGAGUGCAAACGCUGAAGGGGAACCUGAUUAAGUUUAGUUAAGAACAUUGUAUCAGCAGGUCACACUAUACUGAGCCGAGAAUAAUUCUGAAAAUUGUAAUAGUCAUAUUCCAGCCAAAAAUAAAUGCAACGACCAGUGCAAAUAAAGCCUAGCUUUUCA